CAAAAUCAGGGCACUUCACGACUAAGUCAUGUUACUAUUUUCUUUCUACUUUACAGCAAAACGAUAUCUCAAGCAUGACCAACUCUAAAACUGCGGAAUUCUUUCGCAUUAUAUUGGGUCUGAACAUCAUGCCAAAAUGAAAACUGUUCCUGUGGAAUUUAUGGAACAAUGCAUUAGCCACGAACUACGAUCUGCAUAGACGUAACAUCGACACUGAUGCCUCCUACCCGAUCUGCCUCCAACCUAAGGAGUCCCUACUACACUUGUUGAUUUUUUGCACCCUAGCAGAGGAAGUACGACUCCAUGCCUUUUCGACUCUCAGUGUGUAAUAUCCCGAAAAUUUAAACUUACUUAAAUUAAAUAAUAAUAAUUAGUGGCUAAAUUUUUCCUUUAAUGAUAAGGUAAGAUCGAAAUUUUGUUAUUCUAUGUCCAAGUAAUAACAAUUAAUUCUUUAAAUAAAAAUAUAUAUAUUAUGGCAAGAGUUACAAUUAAUAACAAGUUAUGUUAAAUGAUUUCAUGACUUAAAAUAAGAAAACAAAUAAUAGACAAAACAAUUACUUGAACUUUACAAAAAUGGGUCAAAUUGGUUUUGGUAAUAAAAGGAAAAGAAAAAGAGAAAAGAAAAGAAAAAGAAAAAGAAAAAGAAAAAAAGAGAAGAAAUUGAAGAAAAAUAGAAAACGUGAAUUUUCCUUCUCCUUGGCUCCAUUUCAGUUUUUUCUUCAAACAAAACCCACCCAUGAAUUUCUUCCUCACAAUUUCACAAAAGAUCCAUUAAAGGAUUAUAAACUCUAAAAUGGAUUAUUCUUGCUCAAUCAAACUCAUGUUCAUAUAAAAUUCAUUAAUCAAACAAAAUUACCCAAUAACCCAUUUUUAUCCAUUCAAAUUCAUCAACCCAAUUGAGCAAAGGUUGAAGCUCAACAAUGGCUAUAAAUAGCCAUGUUUAUCCCCUCAAACCAUUCACUCAAACCACUUGAGUCUUCGCCGGAAAACACCACCCAAAACACCCCUCAAAUCCCCUGUUUUUUUUCUUUCGCAAUUCUCUCUCUCCUCUGUUUUUCGAACUAACACCACCGCAGCACCACCUUCUGUGGCUGUCACCCUCCGCCGACAACCACCGACGCCCCUCGCCACUACCACCUUGCGCCAACCACCGUGCCUUCGCCUACCCAGCCGCCCCUCUCCCUCGUCCUCAUCUCUCUCGCUCAGCUCCUCUCUCCUCUCGCCAAUUCGUUCUCUCUCUCCUCUUCCUGGUCUGCUGUUCGCACCGUCCCAACACCACCGGAGUACCGUCGAGCCAUCACCGCACCCCGCGACUCUCGUCGUGUCGUCACUUUUCUGCUUCGCCUCGCCUUCGGUCGCCGGAGCUUCGUUGUCCCCCCUGCUCUCUGGUUCACGCUAUUCUGUUGAAGCAGAGAUAUAAAAAGGAAGAGAUAUUACAAGUCUUCCCUUACGAUCAAGGUUGUUAAGCAGGAUUCCAGGUAUGCAUACGAAGAUGGGAUGACGUAGCAGUGAGGUUUAAAUUACGUUAAUUCAUACGACUAUAACAAUUAUGUAAUCCAAGUUUAUGAUCACCAGAUUACGUAGUAUCAGCUAUGCUUAAGCUAUCUAUACAUAUUUCUAGAAUUACUACCAUUAUAAUAGAAGUUUAGUGAUAUGAAAGAAUGUUGCCUUGUACUUUCCUGUGUGGAGAGUACGGCAGUGACGCACCGACUAAGCUAGGAAGGUCUUCCGCUGCUAAUCUUUGUAAUUUAUUAACCUAAUAGUGAUGCUUAGAAGUCGGGGCGUUACAGAGUGGUAUUAGAGCAAAGGUUCUGAGGACCAUUAGUGAAACUCGGGUUUUCAUGCCAACGAGGUUUUAGGAAAAAGGAAAGUUAAAAUGAGAAAUAGGAUAUAAAAAGAAAUAAAAGAAUUAGGUUAUAAAGUUAUAAAAUGGUUUUAAGAAGGAGAUUUAUAUGAUUAUGAAAAUGGUAAAUGAAAUGAGCGUGAGUGUUAGGAACGAGACGGGAACAAUAUUUUAUACUAUUUAUCUACGAUGUUUGUGCAUGAAUAUGUGAUGAUUCUAAUACAAUUAAUGUAUUAGAAAUGGCUUCAAGUGAAAGCGAUCCUACUAAUGGCGGAAAUGGGAACCAAGAGCCUGAUGUUUCACUAGAUGAAAUAAGGGCAAGACUCGACGUUUUACGAAACGACCCCGUUUUCGGAGAUGCCACGGGAGACGUUGCAAACGAUAAUCGAAUGGAUUUGAUGAGGCUCAUGAUGAUGGAACUACUGCACGGAAAUCGACAAAGGGUCAAGACGGAGCAAGAAGAAUGCUCGAAUACGUUUAAAAGAUUUUCUACGCAUAAUCCGCCAACUUAUGACGGUAAGCCAGACCCCACCGAAUUCGAAGAAUGGCUUAACAGCAUGGUGAAGCUAUUCGAUGCCAUUCAGUGCCCCGAAAAAUGGAAAGUAAACUUUGCGAUAUUUUAUUUGAAAGGGCAAGCUGAUCUUUGGUGGAAAACCGCCAAGGGCCUGCAAAGUCAGCCUGGGUUUGGAUGGGAAAGACUAAAGGAGGUUAUGAGAAGCCAAUUCUACCCUCAAUCUCUGCAGCUCCAGAUGGAAUCUGAGUUCAUCCAACUGAAGCAAAGGAACAUGUCCGUCCUGGAAUAUGCUGUGAAGUUUAACGAGCUUGCUCGAUUUGCUCCCGACCUGGUAACCACCGAUCGUCAGAUAAUGAAUCGUUUCGAAGGCUGUUUGAACUUGGAACUUCAAGAGAAGCUUGUUGCACACAUGAGUCAGUCCUACCAAGAAUUGUAUGAUAGAGCUAUCAACGUCGAGCGGAAAAUGAAGCUUCGAAAAGAGAUAUACGAAAAUAGUAAAAGAAAAGAAAAACCCCAGGAUGGUCGAUCCAUCAACAACUCCAACAAGAGGCUGAACAUGGGAUUCUCAGAGAACAAUCAUUAUCAAAGACCGUCUCUCCAAUGUUAUAAGUGCGGUAAGCAAGGGCAUUUGGAAAAAGAUUGUCGACAAGGGACAGGUAAAUGUUUCCGAUGCGGUAAAUGAGAUCAUUUGGUUAGAGAUUAUCCCAUGCCAGACUCUCGAAACCAUCACGCGAACAACUACGAUCUUAGACGAACUCAAGGAAGCGGACAAAUUUCCGGAUAUAAGGGCAACACAACUAACACCAACAUCAACAGAAAUCAUGCACGAGGAUAUUCACAAGCUGGAAGAGUAUACGUGAUGAAAUCAACUGAAGCUGAUGAACAUGAAAAUAACGAUAAUGAAACCUUCUCUACUCCCGAUGCUUAAAUCUUUGUGCGCAAAUUGACGAACUCAUAUUAUAUGACGCUAUUGCUACGUAUUAUGAUGCUAUUAAGUGUAGUUUUAAGACACGUUUAUGUGUUAACAAUCUAAAUAAAAUAUGAAACUAUUUCCGUGAAAUGUUGUUACGAUUUUUCUCAAGUUUUGAGGAUGAAACUUUUUCUAAGGGGGUAAGGAUGUAAUAUCCCGAAAAUUUAAACUUACUUAAAUUAAAUAAUAAUAAUUAGUGGCUAAAUUUUUCCCUUAAUCAUAAGGUAAAAUCGAAAUUUU